AUGUUCCGAUUGUCGCUUGUCGCCGAUGAUCACUUACAUUUUUGGAGAGCGACAAUAAUCGAUUAAAAUGAAUCCGUUCCGCGACGUCGCCGUAAUUAUUUUUACCAUACCAAAGGGAGUUAAUUAGUCUCAUAGAACGCGCGACAAUGGACGCAAAUGAGAGCCUUGAAUUGUUUUCGCAUCCAGGAAAGAAAACGAAGUCACUUGCUUGGAACUAUUUUAAAUUUAGAAAGGAUGUUAAUGGAAAUAUCCAGCUCAGUAACGCUAUUUGCAGCAUUUGCAAGAAAGUGUACAGGAACAAUGGCAAUACUACUAACCUCGUUUUCCACAUAAAACAUGAGCAUAAAGAGUUGAUCCCACAAGCAAAUGAACCAGUAAGAGAUAAACACAACAUGUUACAGCCUAAAAUACAAACAGCAGUAACUAGACAAUAUUUGCCCCAUGAAAGACAAUCGUGUUUGAAUGACCUCCUUCUAAAAUUGAUUGUGAGCAAGUCACUGCCAUUGAGUUUGAUAUCAAAUGAUGCCUUCAAGAAGUUUGUUUCAGUACUGGAGCCAAGAUAUACUAUUCCAUCUAAACCUGCUGCAAUUGUGCUGUUGGAUAGGAAAUAUUCAGAAAUGAAACUCAAGUUGAAAAAUGAUCUCUCACUGUGCGAAUCAGUAGCACUUACCCAUGAUGGAUGGACAAGCAACUCAACACAGAGUUAUGACACUGUGACAUGCCACAUGAUCCAAACAGACUGGGAAUUAAAACAUGCUGUUCUUGGAACUGUUAAGGUAGAAGGAAUGCAUACAGGGGAAAACAUCGCAGCAAAUAUUCAGUCAACUCUAGAUGAAUGGAACUUAGGUCGCCCUUCAGCCAUGACAACCGACAAUGCUGCCAAUGAACAGAAAGCUGUCCGUCUUUUGGGUUUUACGCGCUUUGGCUGCUUUGGCCAUAGGAUCAAUCUGGUUGUUAAAAAAGCAAUAAAAAUUCCAGAAAUGGAAGACUUGUUGACAAAAGGAAGGACUCUUGUUUCUUUUUUCCAUAAAUCAUCUUCUGCUACUGACUUGCUUGUGGAAAAACAAAAGUUAUUAAACCCAGAGCGAAAAGAUCAUAGGUUAAUCAUGGACUGUCCCACAAGAUGGAAUAGCACAUUAUCUAUGUUACAGCGUUUGAUUACAGAAACCCCUUACAUAGUUAACAUGGCAAAUGACGCAAAUUUGUCAAAACAUGCAUCUCAAGUAAUAAAGGCAAACAGUUACAGCUUUGAAGAUAUAUCAGUUCUAGAAUGUGUUACUAGUAUUCUCAAACCUUUUGAAAAGGCAACACCGAAUGUAAAUGACAAUGAACUCAUUAAAAACAUGAAAAACACCAUGAUACAGGAGCUUGAAAACAGAACUCAGACAGAAGAUCUACCACUACUUGCUGCCAUACUUAACCCAGAUACAAAACAUCUUACCUUCUUAUCUGAGGAAGAGCGAGAAAGGGGGCGACAACUGCUUAAGGAAAAGGCAGAGAUGCUGACAGUAAAGGUGAAGAAUGAAGUAGAACUAGAUUUAACAAACAAGGAAUCAGCAUUACCACCGUUACCCUGUCUACCAGACACACUUGAUAAUGUUGUCCAGGUUGACGAAGUACAAGAGCCAGAAUCCAAGCGGGCUAAGAUAAAGUGUUCUGAUUCUGUUGAAUGGUUAGAUGAUGUUUGCAUGAUCACUGGAGAAUCGACAAUUCCCAAAGUUGUGUUAGUCGAGUCAGAGAUAAACAAGUACUUUGAUAUUGCGCGGAAAGAAUCAGAUAAAAGUCUAACAUUGUUAGAAUGGUGGAAGGAAAAUGAGUACCAAUUUUCCUAG